ACCCAAAUACCUAUCUUCGCGCAUUCAGCACAAACAGCAGAACAAUCUAAAACGCAGAGAUGGCAUCGGGAUCUAUGGGAGCUGGAGCUGUUCGACACAUUGUAAUGUUGAAACUCGGGGAUAAGGCCAAUGUUGGAAAAGUCGCAGCGUCUUUAGGAAAGCUCGGGGAUGGAAUUCCAGGCGUCAAGUGGAACAGCUUCAGCCUGAACACUGAUCUUGGUCUUGCUGAAGGAAACUAUGAUGUGGCGCUCACAAUUGAAUUUCCUGACAAGGAAAAUUAUCUUGCGUAUGCGAAGCAUCCGGAGCAUGUUGCCGCUGUCCAAUCGAAUUCAUCCAUGGUAGUUUCACGCGCUGCGAUACAAUUCUCACUCGCACCAAAGUUGUAACCGUUUAUCGUAUUUUCAUCAUAGCCUAAGAAAACAAUAUUUCAGAUGAAACUGACUAGUACAACGUGAUAAAGUGUAUUCUUAUAAAUAUGAAAGCAAGUUUGAAGGAGACAGACUUACCA